AUGGCGGCCAGCCUCGAGCAGGAGCAGCAGCAGCGUCACAUCGUCCUCCGCCGGCCGCAGCUCACUCUGUGUAGGAUAUACCAUGAGGCCAGUAACUCACAACUUCACUGUGUUGAGGACAGCAGUGGGUUCUGUUCUAUGAUCCCUGAUCCCUCUGUUCUGGGACUUGCCACAAAUAAUACCAUCACUAGGUGUCAAGGAGCAGCUUAUGUUUACACUUCUCUUGGUGAACCAUAA